GUCGGCGGCGGACGGGGGCGGCGCGCUGGCGAUCUCGGAGCGACACCUGGCGCUCUCGGAGCGACGCCUGACGCUCUCGGAGCGAUGCCGGACCGCUGAGGACGCGGUCGGACGCCGCCGAGUCAUCCAGUGGCACCAUCACCGAGGCGGACGAUGUCCUCCCCGGACGUGGUCCGGGCGGCGCUCGUGACUCUGGCGAUCAUCUGCGACCUCGCGGCGGCCCUGUGCCCGGAGCAGUGCCGCUGUCGACCAAGCACGUCGGACUGCAGCCACUCCCGUCUCGACGCGGUGCCUAUCUCCCUGGACCCGCGCGUUCACAUCCUCCGACUUCAGGGCAACAGGAUCGGCAGCAUAGAGGACACACUCGGCUUCUACCAGAGCCUGCGUGAGCUGAACCUGGCAGAUAACAGCCUUACAUCGCUCGGGGAAGGACAGCUGGUCAUGCAGGAGGAGCUGAAGCAGCUAAGACUAGAGGACAACCUGCUCUCCGUCUUGCUCCCCGACUCGUUUAAAGGUCUCCGUCGACUGCUGCGUCUGGACCUCAGCGGCAAUCGGCUGACGGUGCUGGACCGGCCGGUGUUCCGGUGGAUGCUGAAGCUGAAGACACUCAACCUUGGGGGGAACAGGAUCAGGACCGUCGCCAGAAACGCAUUCGAAAACCUGGGCGAGCUGGUGACACUGGACUUGAGUCAUAACCGGCUAACGCACCUUCCAUCGGAGUCGUUUCGCCACUUGGCCCGGCUCAGGACUCUGGCGUUGAAUGGCAACCGUUUGCAGGCAGUGCCUUUCCACGCUUUCUUCGAACUGCGAUCAUUACAUAGCCUGUCACUGGCCGAGAACAGCAUCGACAGCGUGCAUGCCGAGGCCUUUGCGUACCUGUAUGAGCUGCGCGCCCUCAAUGUCAGCUAUAAUCGGCUGGAAACAUUCCCAGCCGCGUCACUUGCUCUUCCGCAGCUUGAGAAGCUAGACGCAAGCGGAAACCAUUUCUCGUCACUGAAGCCGCGGCACUUGGACAAUCUGCAUCGGCUUCGUGUAUUUCGCCUGUGCCAGAGCCAGCUGUUGUCCUCAGUGACGGGACAUAUCUUCAGUAACAACCUCCUCCUGGAGGAGGUUCACUUGUGCAUGAACCCGCAACUUAGGUGGUUCCCCCGGACAGCAGUGGACUCCCUGCCCCACCUCAAAGUGCUAAACCUCGGCGGCAACAGCCUGGGCACGCUGGAGAACAUAACGUCGCUGCUCCAGCGCAUCGAGGCGUUCAACGUGAGCGGUAACCCCCUAGUGUGCAACUGUUCGGCGCGGUGGCUGUGGGACCUUCCCGCCCACCUGCCAAACACCUCAGUGCUCUUCCCGAUCCGCUGUGUGGACUCGGGCCGUCUUCUGACUGAGCUCAGCGAAGCGGACCUCGGCUGCGGCUGGUGGCUGACCGCCGCGAUCGCCGCCGCCGCCGUCGCCUUCGUCGCCGCGUUCUGCGCCGCGCUCACGCGUCCGAUGCUGAUGCCGGCCGGCUCCGGUCUGGGACACGACUCGCCGAUGCGCGGCCGGCACUUCACACUGCUGACCGGCGACUACGCCGGGACGCGAGACGCCGGCUGCGGUUGGGAGCACGGCCGGCGCUGCGACCGCGACUUUGGCCAGCACUACGCGGCGCAGCGCAUCGGGGACUACGCGGCGAGGGCGCCAUCGCUGGUGGUGUGA